UCAAUUAGAAGCGCAGCUGGACCGACAGAGGAAGACGGGACAGAAUGAGGACCACAGCCGUAAUGAGUGACCUGAAACACGGAUGGAACGAUGCGGCUAAAACAGUCAUAAAUUGCUUGAUGGAGUCCAUAAUGGAUAGUUAUAUUAUAACAGCGUAGGAAAUGGGGCGACCAUAUGCAUUUUUACGUCGAGUUACAUUGUAGCAGCAUCCAUCGCCGCUGAGAGGAUGGUUUCGCAGGUGGUACAGACCUUGCGGCAGGGGGUUUGGGCAUCACUGACAGGAGGAUGGUACCACGACCCAGAUCAGAACAAAUUCAACAAUUCUUGUCAUCUUUAUUUAUGGAUAUUCCUCCUUAUGCUGCCAUUGUCACUACAUUUGGCCUUGCCCCCCACCACCAUGGCCCUCAGUAUCUACUGCACCUCUGUCACCAUCUUCUUCAUCCUCAUCAAGGCAGCCAAUUACCGCCUCCACCUGAUGUUUGACCGCGGCGAAGCCGUGCCCCAGGGCAGCCUCUCUGAUGUCAGCAGAGGACCAGAGAAGAAGAGCAAUGCCUCUGACUCCGGUCUGCCAGACGGACUGAGAAAGAGUAGCACUGUACCAGACAGCGUUGCCAUGACAAUGUUGACCAGAAACAGGCCUAGUCCAGUGAUUCAGGUCACGGUGAAACAGACUGAAACCGACUCGGGACUGAUAGGAGUGGAGUUUUCCAAGGCAGAGGAUGUGAAGAUUACUGAAGGUCAUGGUGAAAGCAGAGCGGAGGCGAGAGCCACAGGGUCUGUGAUGUCUGGGGACGACCCAUCCCCUGAUGACCUGUCCAGCCCCAAUCCCGACCUGGGUGCCCCCCUGCUUCAGGCCCAGCAGAGGCCCAGCUCUGGGCAUGACAGGGAGACUGCCGCUGCAGACAAACAAGACAAGGAGGAUGUAGACCAGGAGGAUGGCGGCAGGGAGGAUGCAGACGAAGGUUUACCUCCCUCCAAGGGGAGUGAUCCGGAGAGCGAAGAGGAGGAGAAGGUAGAGGAGGAGCAUGACGAUAAGGAGAAACGGCACCAAGAUCCCAACAACAACUGCCUAGAGAUCCCUGAAGACUGCCAGGAAGCUCUCCCACCCCCACACCCCGCCCUUGUCCAGGAACACCCAUUGGAGGAAACUUACUGUUCAGAUGAGAUUGCUGUGGUCCUGGUGGACACCUCGGGGCCCCCGUCGGCUCGGCUGGAGGAGAGCGACACGGUGAAGAUCAUCAUCACCAUGAGCUGCGAUGCCCAGACAGCAGCCGAGCUGGAGGAGUCGGUGAAGCAGAGCAUCUUAGAGUCUGCCCAGGCACACGCCCAGAGGGGUGGAGACCACCAGGGAGGAGGUCCCAACACUGGAGAUUGCCACAUCAGGAUCCCUGUUAUAACCUUUGACUCACCUGAAGAGGAGGGGGAAGGGGAGGGUGAGGGCAAGAGCGUCUCUGAGACAGACCCUUCUCAGCAGGCAUUAACCAGUCCGGAUGUUGAGUUGGCCAAGGAUCUAGUGAGUUCUGAUGUGGUGCAGCUGGACCAGGAAUAUCUUAGCCCCCAACUAACCAAUGAGAACAGUCCCAGUCCUCAGCUAACCAAUGAAAAUAGUUCGUCAGGCAUUGAUGUCGACUCCCACAAUGAAGAGAAUGACCCCCCAGAGCUCAACAUGGACGCAAAUGGCUUCCUGCGUAUCCCGCCUGCUUUGGGUCGCUACUGUCUGGGGCCUGGCGGCAGGACUCACGUCCGAGGCCUGAGCAUGGACAGUGGAAAGGAUGCAGUGCUCUUGGUGGACCGGGCCAAGAACAGGAACCAGCACCCCACCAUGACCAGCUCCAAGUCAGACCUGGAGGCCAAGGAGGGCCAGACACCCAAUGAGACCAACUUCCUGGAGUUUGUUUCUCUGCUUGGGUCCAUCAGCACUAGGGGGGUCGGGACCAACCAACAGGAAGAGGGGCCAGUGGAGGAGGAGAAAGAAGUAGAAGAAGAAGACUUGAGUGGGACUCCCAAACCCGAUGAGCCGAUCACAGAGCCAAACACAGAGCCAAACACGGAGAGCCAGCAGCUGGAGCGUCCUAACCCGCCCAACAGCCUGGCCACCACAGAUACCCUCCACACUAUCCUGGAGAAACCCAUACCCAUCGUCUCCCCUGACAGCCCCCAGACAGACAGGGAGAAGGACCCAGACUAUGACUCCCUCCCCUCCCAGACCUCCCAGUCAGAAAGCUCCAUGCUGCAGGUCAUAUGCAGGCCAGAGGCCACCAACAAGGAAGAUGCCUACACCUUCCACACUGUACACAGAGACAGACCCAGGAAGCUGUAUGCUGAGAGAGUCCUGAACCUGCCACUGGGGGCGGAACUCAUUACUGGCAACAUGUGUGACCUUCUCUCUACCUCCUCCAACUCGGAGUGCCAGGACGGUCUGGUGGGUGGGCAUUCCGACUGCCCAUUUCAGCGCCGGAUCAUCCCUGCCCACAGGAUCCGCCCUCGUAGAACACAUCCAGAGAUCUUCCAGGAAGAGGACUCUAUAGACGAGUCGUCGGAGACCUCCACUCAAGAGAAGCCCUCCAGGAAACUCUACUACAAACUCAAACUCUUUCCAGGGAAGUGGAUCAACCUCCUGUAUGAUAGACUCACUCUGCUUGCCCUAUUGGACAGGAACCAGGAUGUUGUGGAGAAUCUGGUGGCGGUAUUUCUGGCCUUCCUUGUGUCGUUCCUUGGAUUUGUUCUGCUCAACCAUGGCUGCUUCAAAGACUUCUGGGUCUUCCAGUUCUGCCUCGUCAUUGCCAGCUGCCAGUACUCUCUGCUCAAGAGUGUUCAACCUGAUGCUGCCUCACCUACCCAUGGCCAUAACCAGCUGGUAGCCUACAGUCGCGCAGCUUACUUCUGUAUAUUCUGCAGUCUGAUCUGGCUGCUUGAGCAGAGCCUCAGGAUGAAAGACCUUCCUGUCUCCAGCAUCUACGGCAUCACCAUCGCUAUCUCGGACACCCUCCGCUUCCUGCGAGACAUCUUAGUAGGUUUUACCUAUUGCUUCCCCAUCACGUUCCUCGUUGGACUGUUUCCCCAAAUUAACACCUUUGUCAUCUACCUGCUGGAGCAGAUCGACAUGCACUUCUUCGGUGGCACAGCUGCCACCGGGCUCCACUCUGCCGUGUACAGCCUCCUCCGCAGCCUGACAGCCUUCUCUCUGCUCUACGGCUUCUGUUUCGGGGCUCUCAAGGAGCCGUGGGAUGAGCAGCACACACCAGCUCUGUUCUCAGGGUUCUGUGGGCUGCUGGUGGUCCUGUCCUACCACCUGAGCCGCCAGAGCAGCGACCCCUCGGUCCUCCUGUCUCUUAUCAAGUCUAAACUGAUGCCAGCCCUGGUGGACAGCGAAGAGGAGGAUGAAGAUGCGUCGGGCAUCAAGGACCCCCUACCGGAAAAGCUCAGGAACUCUGUGAAGGAGAUUCUGUAUUCAGAUCUAGUGGUGUGUUCCAUCGCCUACAUCCUAACCUUCGCCAUCACAGCAAGCACUGUCUUCCUGUCCCUUAAGCCGUUUGUCACCAUUGUGCUGUAUGCGCUGGCGGGGACAGUGGGCAUGGUCACCCACUACCUGAUCCCCCAGAUGAGGAAGCAGCACCCCUGGCUCUGGAUCUCUCACCCUGUCCUCAAGAGCAAGGAGUACGGGCAGUUCGAACCGCGAGAGGACGCCCAGCUGAUGUGGUUUGAGCGUCUCUACGUGGGGCUGCUCUGUUUCGAGAAGUACGUCAUCUACCCUGCCAUCGUGCUGAGCGCACUCACGAACGAAGGCUUCUCUCUCAGCCAUCGGAAGAAACUGGGCAUCCACUGUGAUGUCUUGUUGAUGACAGUUGCUGGGAUGAAGCUCCUGCGCUCCUCCUUCUGCAAUCCCAGCUUCCAGUUCGUCACCCUCCUCUUCACCAUCCUCUUCUUCACCUUCGACUGCGAGAAGUCCGAGAGCUUCCUGCUCGACUUCUUUAUCAUGUCCAUAGUCUUCCACAAGCUGAAGGAACUGCUCCUGAAGCUGCACUUCAUCAUGGUCUACAUCGCUCCCUGGCAGAUCGCCUGGGGCUCCGCCUUCCACGCCUUCGCCCAGCCCUUCGCAGUGCCUCAUUCGGCCAUGUUGCUGCUGCAGACCCUGCUGACCACCCUGUUCUACACCCCCCUCAGCCCCUUCUUGGGCAGCGCCAUCUUUAUAACCUCCUACCCACGACCCGUCAAGUUCUGGGAGAGGAACUACAACACCAAACGUAUAGACAACUCCAACAGCAGACUGGUGUCUCAGGUGGAUAAAGAGACUGGAUGCGAUGACAACAACCUAAACUCCAUCUUCUAUGAGUACCUGACACGCUCGCUGCAGCACAGCCUGUGUGGGGACCUCCUGCUGGGCCGCUGGGGGAACUACAGCUCUGGAGACUGCUUCAUCCUGGCCUCAGACUACCUCAACGCCUUCGUCCACAUCGUGGAGGUCGGCAACGGCCUCGUCACCUUCCAGCUCCGGGGCCUAGAGUUCAGAGGUACCUACUGCCAGCAGAGGGAGGUGGAGGCCAUCACGGAGGGGGUGGAGGAGGACGAGGGCUGCUGCUGCUGUGAGCCGGGCCACUUGCCCCACGUGCUGUCCUGCAACGCGGCUUUCAACCUGCGCUGGCUGGCCUGGGAGGUGACCACCACCAAGUACCUGCUGGAGGGUUACAGCAUCAGCGAGAACAGCGCUGCCACCAUGCUGCAGGUGUACGACCUCCGCAAACUGCUGGUCACCUACUAUCUGAAGAGUAUCAUCUACUACCUGGUGCAGUGCUCCAAGCUGCAGACAUGGCUGAAGGACCUGGCCCUCCAGGAGGCCCUCACCUCCUACACCAAGUGGCACCACAUUGAGAGAGACCCUGGUGUGUUCAGCGUGAAGAUCGACGAGGACUAUGUCCACUGUCUGCAGGGUGUCACACGCGCCAGCUUCUGCAACGUCUACCUGGAGUGGAUCCAGUACUGCGCUAACAAGAUGGAGCAGCCUGUGGAGUGUGACGAGGACUCCCCUCUGGUUACUCUGUGCUACGCUCUCUCUGUCCUGGGGAGGAGGUCACUGGGAACAGCCUCACACAACAUGUCCAACAGUCUGGAGUCCUUCCUGUAUGGGUUUAACACCCUGUUUAAGGGGGACUUCCGUAUCGCCACCAAGGAUGAGUGGGUGUUUGCGGACAUGGACCUACUGCAGAAGGUAGUGGCUCCUGGGGUUAGGAUGAGCCUCAAACUCCAUCAGGACCACUUCACGUGUCUGGAGGAGACGGAGGAGGCGUCCAUCUUGUACGAGGCCAUCAGUAACUACCGCGGCAGCCUGGUGAUCUGCCACGAGAGCGACCCCGCCUGGCGCAAGGCGGUGUUGUCCAGCCGCGACACGCUGCUCACGCUUCGCCACAUGGUGGACGACGGCACGGACGAGUACAAGAUCAUCAUGCUGUACAAACGCCACCUCAGCUUCAAGGUCAUCAAGAUCAAUAAGGAGUGCGUGCGAGGCCUGUGGGCGGGGCAACAACAGGAACUAGUGUUCCUACGGAACAGGAACCCGGAACGUGGCAGCAUCCAGAACUCUAAGCAGGCUCUGCGGAACAUGAUUAACUCGUCAUGUGACCAGCCGCUGGGAUACCCCAUGUAUGUGUCGCCCCUGACGACGUCCUACAUGGGCACACAUGGCCAGCUGAGGAGCAUCUGGGGCGGGCCUUUCAGCCUGGACGCCAUUCGCAGCUGGCUCUGCUCCAAAUGGCUACGGGUGCGCAAGGACAACCUGACCAGCUGUAACAGUGGGGUGAACAUGGAGGAUGUGGAUUGUGCAGGUGGCUCAUCAACCCUCAGUCAGAACCAUCCAUCCAUCACCUCCCAAAGCCUGAGUCUGUACCAGGCCCGGCCCAGGACCUCCCAGGCCAGCCGGCACCAUACCACAGGCAGGAGAGAGUACAGGAGUCGGUCGGUCCAACCCCAAAGCCAACGCCCACCUGUCACCAGCCAAUCAGGGCCAAUCCUAGACAGCCAGCAGGUCUCAGGCUCCGCCCACGGUCUUGUGCAGCGUCUUUCCAACAGCCAGCUGUCUUUCAACACCUCCAUCGCCUCCAUCUUCUCCCAGGUCCCGCGGUUGUCUACGGCGGGAGGCCUGAGCUCCCAGCUGGCUGCGGCAGCCCAGCAGCGCUCCAGCCAGGUGUCCUCCUCCUCCUCCACCCUCAGCCUGCUGUUCGGUAAGCGCAGCUUCUCCAGCGGCCUGGUGAUCUCGGGCCUGUCGGCGGCCGAGGGGGGCAACACCACCGACACGCAGUCCUCCAGCAGUGUAAACAUCGCCGUCGGACCCUCACAUCGCUCCAGCAGCCGGGCAACACAGUGGACCUCGGAGGCCUAUGAGAGUAUAGACACCUCAAACUCCAACACAGCCAUUGGUCCUAGAGACACUACGCAGUCAGGUGACCGAGGCCUCAGCCAGGGAUUGGACAGGACCCAGGAAGAAUCUGCUUCUGCCUCUGUCUCUGCAUCCCAGGAGCCACUGACUGAUCAAAAAACCGAAUGAGAGGACACACACAAAUACACACACAUGCGUUGAUCAAAAACAGUUUGAGAACACACCAACACACACUAAAUGGAAGAAGAUGGAAUGCGGAUAAAACCCACAUCUGCUCCUCUUUUCCUCUCCUCUGUUCCACAGCAUGGUGACACCUGUUGUUUGAAUGUAAAUGAACUAACAUGUCGGUCCAGAGACUGGAAUAAACACAGACUUUUUCAACCAGAGAACUCCUGUGUGUUAAUAAAGUUACGCAAAUCCACUGAUUUGGGAAGGGGAGACACACAUGAUUGUGGUGUGUGUG